AUGGAAGAAAACGUCUACAAGGAGGCCUGUAACGUCUACAGCUCCUGCAACGAGGAUGCCAACAAUGACUACGAAGAGGCCUGCACGGUCUCUCAGUCGAGGGUUUCAACUAGAAAGAGGACCUCUGGCCUGAACCUCGAACCGAGAGCCUCAGACUUAGCAAAGGAACCAGGUUCGUCUGGGUCUCUGUCUAAGCGCCAAGCGGCCGACCCCGGUCCUGCCUCUGCUGAGACCGCUGGAUACAUCCCAGGGGUCGGUCUGAGGAGCCCUGCUAUGAAGAUGUCUGACCUGAAGUUGACAGUCCAAAAGCUUGACCGGGAGACAAAGGGCGAUCUGAAAGACCUGAAGCUGUCAGUCAACAAGCUCGACCAGAAGACAACUGAUGAUCUGUCGGGCCUGAAGCUGGCAUUCAACAAGUCCGACCAGAAGACAACUGAUGAUCUGUCGGAUCUGAAGCUGUCAGUCCUCAAGCUGGACACGAAGACAGCCGACAUCCAGGCAAACGUCUCUGGGUGGAUUCAUCGCCAGCAGAAAAUGAAAGAGGACCUGUCGGCAAAGCUCGUGGAAAAUGAGGAAGCUGUGAACAACGUUGCAGCCAGAGUGACACAGCUGACCAAGUCAGGACUGGAGAAGGAGAAGAUACUCCAACGUCUGGAGAAGCUGGAGGACAACAUGAAGAACAAACAAGACAAACCGGAGAAGGAGCGCGCUCCGAUACGCCUACCAGCGACCUGUCCAGACGGUUACAAGAAGUAUCGCGAAGUCUGCUACAAAGCCUUUGACGUCAAGAAGACCUUCUCCAAAUCGUCUGAGACCUGUCGGGCUGACGGAGGCACCCUCGCCAUGCCCCGUGACGCCGGCAUCGACGCCUUCCUCGUCUCCCUGAUAAAACCGGUAUGUAGGUUCUGCGACUUUUGGAUCGGCUUACACGAUAAGCGACAGGAAGGCAAGUGGGAGUGGAUAGACGGCACCGCUCUGGGGACCGGCUAUAACCGCUGCUCCAGGCAAGUAACCGGACGCCCAUAUAUGGAAAGCGGCCCCGGCUACAGUCGUGAAACGUGGGCCUCGACAUCCGGGUGUGAAGACGACUUAGAGGUGACCUAG